GUGCUGAACGCGGCAACAAAUCACGUCACCUGCGUACGUCACGGAGGACGUCGUCCGUGUUUGAACGUGGCGCCGCGAAGGUGUAAAAAUCGGAGUUAUACGCGAUAUAUUCGCAGUUUUUCUAUGUUUACAUAUUUAAUGACAGCUAAACGUUCAACGGAUAGUUGUUUAGAUUAAUAGUCCAUGCUUGUCGCGUUAUAUAUCUACUUGUAUGAUUAACACAACAGACAUGACAGCCACGGCUUGUAAUAAAUGGAAGGGCUUGUUUACCGUUGGAGAGGAGUUUGAUGAUGAGGAGUUGCUUGAAGCUGAUUGGACAUGUCCUUCAGAGCACACAUCUACCACUGUAGCACCAUCGUCUGAAUCCUCACAUGUUCAGCAGAGCACCGUUAACUUGUCAUCAGGCCUUGCGGAAAAUACGUCUGGAUCUGUUUCUGUUCCGACCCUUCGUACCCCAAUAUGUGGCACUAUCAGUGCCCUACCAGAUCUUUCCAAGCCUUGCCUUCAGCCAGUCUCCGCUUCCGUUUCUUCUCUCCGAGCGCCCGCGUCAUCCCUACAAUCUAACCCAUUAAACCCUCCACCCCCAGCAUCUCUCAAUGUCCUGCAGAGAGACCUCCCUCCUCAGGAUGACUUUGAUGACUGGGAUGUGGAUCUGGAAGAACUGGAUAGCAUUCCUCAAAUGGCUUCUGAGUCACGAAAUAAUCCAGUUGCACCACUAGACAACAUUUCACCCGCUAAACGGUUGAGGCCGUCAGCGCCAGAAGCGUCCUCUCAUGGCAGGUUUGGUGCUACCUGUUCAGCGUCUGUUACACGGCCCUUAGUCAACACCACAUUUGCGUCCCCCAUCCAAAGCCCCGUGUGUCCAUCUACACCUAUGCGUGGUCCUGCUACACCAGCCUCGCGAUUCCCCAGACCUGUGACUCCCAGGCCUCCAGUUGUGUCGCCUCAGUGGCAGAGGGGCGCUUCGACACCGAGGACCCCGAUGCAGCCCAGAGGGUCUCUUUUCCACUCUGUGUCUCCUGCUACUGAUUCUUCUUCCACAUUUACACCUCGUCCUCUUAACACACCUGUCCUGACCAAUCAUCUGGUCCAGCUGGUGUCUGCGGCCAAUAAAACACCUCAGAGACCACAGAGGCGUAUGAUGCCAGCCAAAGCACGUCGUUUUCCUGGCCCAGCAGGAGCACUACCACUGCAGGUCAGUGAACGGAGUCUUGAUGACAUUGUUGUGUCAGUUCCUCAGACUCCUGCACAUGGAGCUGUUGCUCGCCUAAAAAGUGAGCAGGUUUCUAGCUCUCAGGUGAGUGAGGAAGAGGAGUUCAGCAGGGGUCCGUGGGCAGUGAUGAAGACUGAGAUGGGAUUGGAUGAGAAGAACCCCUCUUGCUUUCUGCACUCUUACAGUGUUGUCAUGGUACUCCGCAAGGCUGCUCUCAGACAGCUAGCUAAGAAUAAGGUCCCUAAUAUGGCUGUCGUCUUGAAGAGUAUCACACACACACAUGCAGAUGCAAAGGCCGUCUUCAGAGAUCCCACAGGUGAGAUGCAGGGCACGGUUCAUCGGCGCCUGGUAGAAGACAGAUUGGGAGAGCUCAAGACAGGAGCUGUGUUACUUCUCAAACAAGUCGGUGUGUUUUCACCAUCACACCGAAAUCACUACCUGAAUGUCACACCCAAUAACCUUCUCAAGAUAUACCCACCUGAUGGGGUCUUCCAUAACUCCCAGCCAUCCCACCCUCCACUGGUGCAGGAGCUUACAUUGCACAGUGAACCCACAAGGCCUGCAGGGGGCCCGGUGUCUCAGAUGGAGCUCCACUUUGAUGAUGAAGACGACGGUGAAAAUGCAUUUGAGGAAAGCCGGGCUGCUGAUGGUUUAGACACUGCAGCUGUCUCUAAUGAGCUCUGUCAAGCACCUACAGUGUCUGGACCGACAGGAGACACAGCAUGGGACACAGAUGACCUUGAUGAGCUGCUCGGGGAGUUACCAGUGGAGGCAUAUGACGGACUACUUUGAUCACACGGCCACUUUAUAUCCAAACUAUAGUUGCAGAGCAACUAUUAAUACACUAAUAAACAAACCUUUGUAAAUAUGUAUAUAAAUCACUUGUCUCACGCAAAAAAUUGAAAGAAUAAACACCUGA